AUGGCGGCGGCGGCGGCGGCGGCGCAAGAGGCUUCCGAGAGGCAUUGCUGGGUGUGUUUUGCUACCGAAGGCGAUGACCGGUCGGCCGAGUGGGUCUGUCCUUGUCGUUGCAAAGGAUCCACCAAGUGGAUCCACCAGGCCUGCCUCCAACGAUGGCUGGAUGAGAAGCAAAAGGGCAACAGUAUUGGAAGCGUGAGUUGUCCCCAGUGUGGAACUGAGUACUGCAUCGUCUUUCCCAAAGUAGGACCCCUGGUCUAUUUCCUGCAGCAAGUGGACCGUAUUUUAUCCAAAGUCAGCCCUUUUGCAGCUGCGGGCAUUGUGGUGGGGACACUGUACUGGUCGGCAGUGACUUAUGGAGCUGUGACUGUGAUGCAGGUGGUCGGCCAUAAGAAGGGCCUGGAUGUGAUGGAGCGAGCCGAUCCCCUCUUCUUGCUCAUGGGGCUGCCCACCAUUCCAGUCAUGCUGGUGCUCGGCAAGAUGAUCCGUUGGGAAGACUACGUGCUCCGAGUGUGGCGGAAAUAUUCUAGCAAGCUCCAGGCCCUACAUUCCUGGGUUCCAGGAACCAGUCGUCCAAUCCCAUCGAUACCUCUGGCCGAGUCACGCUACCAGAGUGACCACCUUUCCAUCUCACGCACCUUGUGUGGGGCCCUGGUGUUCCCAACCAUUGCCAACCUUGUGGGCCGGGUUACCUUUCAGAGAGUCAAUUCCAACCUCCAACGUACCAUCCUGGGUGGCAUUGCCUUCGUGGCCAUCAAGGGAGCAUUGAAAGUGUAUUUCCGCCAACAACAGUACUUGAUCCAAGCCAAUCGUCGCAUCCUCAACUUUGUAGAGAAAGAGGAUGUGCAAAAGGACUCGGCUCAGCCCGAGGAAGACAGCGGUAACGAAGUGGGGCUCAGCUAGGAAGAACAGUCUUGGCUUCUGCAGAUCCUUCCCCCC